UGUGUGUGUGUGUGUGUGUGUGUAUCUCUAGCGAGCUGGAAGAAACGUCACUCUCGCGGUCAUCUCUUAAAGAUAAAGUAUUUGUUAAGCCUUCGUGUUAGUAAUGGUAGUUUAGUGAUCUGUCUCCCUCCUCCUCCUCCUCGAGGAUACUCAUCCAUCAGUGGGUGGUGCCACUCAUCUUUUAUAGCGGUAGAUGAUGAUGAAGAUGAGGAGGAGCUAGUAGCUGCAGAUGUUGGACUAAACUAGCUGAAGUUGAUCCUCACAAACCUGAAAACACGACACAUGAGUUGCUGCUUUGCUGCUCCAUUAGAGACAACACAACAAAGUGUGCGGUGCAGCCAGGAAGGAAUCAGUCCCACGUCUUCAUCACUACCCCGUCACCUCCUCUGAUUUGAGGCUGAAGGCUUUAAAUCCGUCACAAUGGUUGCUGAGGUCGACGCAGCAUCUCAGGGCAGCGGUGUGCGGCUGAAGCAGGAGAUUUCCCUCCUCCAUGGGGUCUGUCUCAUCGUGGGGAAUAUGAUAGGCUCCGGUAUCUUCGUCUCACCUAAGGGGGUUCUUAUGUACACUGGCUCAUUUGGCCUUUCCCUGGUAGUGUGGGCCAUUGGAGGGAUCUUUUCUGUGUUUGGAGCGUUAUGCUAUGCUGAGCUGGGGACCACCAUCCGUAAAUCUGGAGCCUCCUAUGCCUACAUCUUGGAGGCCUUUGGAGGUUUCUUGGCUUUUAUUCGACUGUGGACGUCGUUGUUGAUAGUUGAGCCAGCUUGUCAGGCAGUGAUAGCUCUGACCUUCUCCAACUACCUGGUCCAGCCCUUCUACCGCACCUGUCAAGCCCCCUAUAUCGCCGUCCGCCUCCUCGCUGCUGCCAUCAUAUGUCUGCUGACUGUUGUGAACUGUAUGAAAGUGAAAUGGGGUGCUAUUCUCCAGGUCGUCUCCACCGUAGCCAAGGUCCUCGCUCUCAUCGUCAUCAUCAUUACCGGCCUGGUUAAGCUUGGACAAGGUUUUGACCAGAACUUUGAGGACUCAUUUAAAGGCUCCAAACUGAACCCUGGUGACCUGACCCUGGCCCUCUAUGCAGCACUCUAUUCCUACUCUGGCUGGGACACACUCAACUUCAUCACAGAGGAGAUCAAAAACCCAGAGAGGAAUUUGCCCUUGUCCAUCGCUAUUUCCAUGCCCAUUGUCUCUGUGAUCUACAUCUUGACCAACGUAGCUUACUACGUCGUCAUGGACGCAGACCAAGUGCUCAACAGCGAAGCCGUUGCUGUGACGUUUGCAGAUGAGGUGCUGGGCUGGGGUCGAUGGCUGAUCCCUCUGUCUGUGGCAAUUUCCUGCUACGGAGGCCUCAACUCCUCCAUCAUCGCUGCCUCCAGGUUGUUUUUUGUUGGUUCCAGAGAAGGCCAACUACCUAAUGUGCUGUGCAUGAUCCACAUAGAGCGUUUCACCCCAAUUCCUGCCCUGCUUUUCAAUGGUGGCAUGUCUCUGAUCUACCUGUCUGUGCCUGACGUUUUCCAGUUGAUCAACUACUUCAGUUUCAACUACUGGUUGUUCAUCGGCCUGUCAAUAGCCAGCCAGAUCUACCUUCGCUUCAAAGCUCCUGAUAUGCACCGGCCUAUCAAGCUGUCUUUGUUCUUUCCGAUCGUCUACUGCUUAUGCAGCAUAUUCCUGGUAGUGGUUCCCCUCUACAGCGACACCAUCAACUCUCUGGUGGGAAUUGCUGUGGCGCUGUCCGGCGUACCAGUCUACUACAUUUGCAUCUACCUGCCGCCCAGCUCCAGACCGGCAUUCCUCGGAAUAAUGCUCGAUCGGCUCUCUCUGUACACCCAGAAGCUGUGCAUGUGUUGUGUGGCCUCGACCGAUAUCGACCUGGACAAUAUCGACCCACAGAAGAUCGAAUGAUGGAGCAACAAAGGCUUUGUGUGGAAUGCUGUACGGAGGGAUGGAAGAGAAAGAAUGAACACAAAGGAAGCUGUGAGCUGCAGACAAUCAGGAUUUAGAUUAGCUCGAUUGAUUUGAAGGAGGAUGAAGAAACUGGAGAGGUGAGCUCAACACACCUCCUCUUCUCUCUCACGCACGAGCCAUACGAAUAAAGGAGAAGGAUUUUACUCGGGAUGAAUAAACAUUUUGUACACGAUAACCCUCCAACAAAACAGCACUGUACAGAUUAACUCAGCGGGACUUGAGCACAUUCACAUGCUAUUACACUGUGCAACUCCACACAUGUGCCCGUACCACUGGUACUCACACACGCACAUAAGCUGACCGUUUUCCUUAGGUUGACACUGCGACAAAUGGAAAUGAACGACCUGAUACGGAAGGAAUUGACUCAGCAAAGAUGCCUGAGGUGAUUUAUUUACAAGUUGUUACAGAAAAUACACAGGCGGAUUUGAAAACACCUUGCCUGCUUUGCAUCACGACUCCCAUGUUAACAGAGUAAGUUACUGUAGCUCACUGAGCCUGAAGGGUUCAAACCUUGUUUAAAAUGACGCUUCCUCAUCACAGGUUACGAAAUGACACAGGAUGGUGGCAAAUUCAACCAAACAGAGUGAAUUUUCCUUUUUAUUUGAACAUUUUUAGGGGCCUUAUGAUCAUAAAAUGACUCAGUAAUUCACAUGCAAAAAGCACAAAUUAGAAAAAGUUAGAAAAAUUAAUAUUUUUAAGUCUGAUUACACGGUACGCCUCCGAUUUAUCAAAAUGAGGUGGGUCCUGACCACUGGUUUAAAUGCUGAAAGUUGCAGACCUCAAGACCGUCCCACUGCUUGUGUGUAAAGGAUCUGAAUGGUAAAUUGCCGGUCUGAUGUUGAUGCAAACCAGCGUGUGGUUCUCGUAAACGUAUUACAGUUCUGUUUUUUUUAAGUACGCGUUUAAUCGUCAACUGUAUCGGUGUCGCAGCCAGACGCCUUUUGACAGACCUCUGAAAACAGUAGCUAUUUUGCACAUCACAUUUUCAUUUUCUGUUUUGUUGUUGGUUAUAGAAAAAGCUUUAUUCUGAUCUAUUACCGAACUAAAGGACCAAAUGGACAGAUGUAGAUGGUUUGUUUAGAAUUAGCUGGUUGAGAAGGUACAAGAGAUUAUUUACAAAAGUGCUGUUAUUUCUUGCAGUUUGUUGUUGACGUGUCCGUUGAAUAUGAUCAUAAAUCCGUCACUAUGUGCAUCCUGCUUUUGUUCCCGCCUCAGUAAUGCAUGUUAAAGACGCUUCCUUCUCUUUUCUAAAUCCUUUAAAUGCAUCUUCAGGGCUAUAUUUGAUUUCUGGUGCCUCCUAGUGGUAGCUAAUAUUAAAUUCCAGGUACAAGCUAUAAGAUUUUCUCAUUCAGGAGUCCAUUUACAAUUUGCAUGUUUUUUGUUUUUACUCUCAUCACGUCAUCUUGCUUUCUUUUCAAGUGAAGUAUUAUGGAUAUCAAAAUAGGUUUAAAGUAUUUAAACUCAUAUGUGAUUGUUUCUGGAUUAAGCAAACUGCCGGACUCCUCUGGGUAAUGUUCGUCUACAGAAUGGGAUCUUUGUAGAAACAAACCAUGCUGAUGUGCACACGUUGUUGCUGAUAUUUAUGAUCUGUCUCUUCUUACUCACUCUUGUCUUAAUAGUUUGUGUCAGAAAUGGGAUAUUUAGUGUAAUGUUGCCUUGGGAAUAUAUAUCACCAACUAUUCACCGUGCAUAGCCAAAUGUCUUAAAACGGUCUGAUAGUUGGACCAUCUUUUCUGCUCACAGGGUGCAGCGGGCCCGUAGCAAAGUGUUUCUGCUUCCUAGUGAGAAAAUGAUAGCUGUACUGUGUAGAACUGCAGGUAGAAACGAGUCAAACUGUGCUCUACUGUAGUCCUGAUGAACUGUAUGUGCCUUCUGUGAGUGUGGGCUGCCAAAGGCCCUGUCUAUUUCUGAUAUUGUAACGUAGCUCUUGUGUACGCCGUCUUGAGCACAAUCAUGACACGUUGCUGUAGGUUUUUUGCCAAAUGUUAUUAUUCAGGUGGUCAAGCAGCUUCAGAUGUUGUAGUGAAGGUCAGUUAACUCUCAGCUGGAAGUAAUCAGGCCUUAGAUUGAACCACGUGUGGUGUCGUCUUGACUCAAGCACUUCCACAACACCAGCCAACAGAAGCACACAGAUAUCCGUUAAAUGUUGCUCUCUCUGGGGUCAGUGUCAUCAUUUAACCCUCUGAGACCCACAAUAGACCUGGUUUUGUCUUUUUUUAGGGGGGGUACACACAGUUGUGUGCAUCAUCUGAAAGCUGGGAACCUGAAGAUUAAUUUGAGUACCACUGGAUUCCUUCGGUUUUCUAGUUUCAUAUGAUAUCUAUAACUUCCUAGCUCUAAAACCGGACCUGCUACAGCCUCUGAAAGACAGUAAAGUCAGUCGGGAUCGUGGGUCUCAGAGGGUUAAACCAAAUUAGUUAGUUUUGUGUGUGUUGUUAAGAAGAAAAACACCAUUUAUCUGCAGUAAAACACAUCAUAUUCUCAAUGUAUUUCCAAAUAUCGUCAUGUUAUAAACUUCUUAUAUACUCAGAAAUCACAGGACUUGAAUGUUGCAGUAUAUUUGAUGUGUUUCAUUGGGUACCAAAUAUUGAAUGUGUGUUUUCUGGUUGGGAUGUGUUCUUGUGUCUUAAGUGCUUGCUUUGUCGACUGUUUUUAUUUAUUAUAUUUUGGACACGGACAAACCAAACAGUAAGAGAUGCUUAGAGUAGAUUGGAGGAAGUGUUGUUCGUCCAAACCGAGACAGGAAGGUACUGUUUUAUUUGAAUAAAGGCGAGUACAGAAUGUG